AGGGUUGUGACCUGGAGAGCCACCGUUGCGGCGGCAGCGUCAACGCGCGUACGACAACUUAGACGUUUCAGUAGAACAUUGUGGACAAAUUUUACUUCCAGCAAGAGCCAUCUUGAUGAAUUGAGUCUACACUUCUUGGAAAUUUGGCAUUCGAGUCUCUGCCGUGUUGAUUUGUUGCUCAUCUGUUGAUAAGUGGAAUGAUAUUUGUUGAUUAUUGAAGUACUCAUAAGCGUUGAAUUUCCUGCUCAAUCCUCAGUCUUGUUGGGGUAUCCGUUCGUCCUCACCUAGUUUAUGAAAGCUCUUGCUACACAUCAAAAAGUACAAAUAGUUUAUCCUUACGAAUAUCCGAACUUGAAUAAAUAUCACACGCUCAUCUUAUAUCAAAUUUUUGUUCAUAAUUCAAUCAUUACUGAUAACUUGACGUCUCUUGUUUGUGAUUCUAUUUUGUAGAAAGUAAGGUCUUAAGCUCGACUCAAGUGUUACUUCAAGUCCAGCUUGGAGCUAAUGAGUUUAAUUAUAGCGUAACUUGAAGCCAAACUUAGCAUUACUAAAAUUCGGACUUUAGCGCUACAUGAAGCCUAACUUUACGUCCCCAAAAGUCUGACUUUAGCGCAACUUGAAGCCAAACGUAGCGUUAAUAAAAGUUUUACUCUGGAGCCAAACUACCCGCGCUACUUGAACCUAACGAAUUAAAUAAAGUUAAACUGAAACAUUACCCCAGUCUGACUUUAGGCUCUUUUCGUAUACUGGAUACCACUGCAUUCAAUACCUGAACUCGAUAACUCGAACUUCUCCCUUUGGUGUGCACUGUUUGAAUUCAUCUUGGAUUAGACCCUGACAUUGUUUAUAUUUUUACAAUCUUGACUAAUACCGGACUUCUGCGCCAUUUGAUUAGUAACUUUAUCACCACCAAACUUCUACAUUAAGCGGGAUCUAAUUGAAGCGGGACAUCUCUGCUUGUAGCCAAACGUUUACCCUCAACAAGCUCUCCAUAUCUUAUUUAUUUGACCCCUGACUUCAGUCUUACCAACCCCUAAUUUCAACUUCAAUUGACCUCUGAUCUCCACGCUACUUGAAUUUUGACUUCAGAGCCACUUAACCCAAACUCCAGUCCCUUUUUGUCCACUGAAUUUAACAUCGCGGGAUGGCAACAGUGAAGUUCUCGAACCGCUCUAGCUUUGGGAAUUCAUCUUCGGCACCAACAGCUCAUAACUUGACGCUGAAUGAGAGUGACACCAAUGAUGUUCUACAAUACUAUUCGAAAUGGCCGUCAUAUAAUGAUAGUUCUCAAAGUUAUAGCGACAGCUACAAUGGAAGCAACAAUCGGCUUCUGGAGAGGAUGCACGGCGAUCAAGAGGAAGAGGAGUUCGUACACAGAUCCCUUUUACUCAUGGUCAUCACAGGCAUUCUGAUGGCUUUCAUAAUCGUAUGUGCGGUAUUAGGAAACUUAUUGGUCGUUGUUAGUGUCAUACGGCACCGCAAGUUACGGAUAAUCACCAAUUUCUUCGUAGUGUCUCUAGCGAUCGCUGAUAUUUUAGUAGCCAUAAUGGCAAUGCCUUUUAACUUGUCUGUCGAAUUGAUGGGUAAAUGGCUGUUUAGUUAUAAUAUGUGUAAUUUGUGGAACUCGUUCGACGUAUACGCAUCGACUGUGUCCAUUCUUCAUCUGUGUUGCAUUAGCAUCGACAGACAUUUCGCCAUCGUCCGACCUCUUGAUUAUCCAAUGGUCAUGACAAAGCGACGUGUGGCAUUCAUGUUGUGUGGAGUGUGGUUAGCUCCUAUCAUCAUCUCGUUCCUGCCUAUCUUCAUGGAGUGGUACACCACACCCGAAAACGUCCUAUUCAUGAGAGAUCAUCCCGACGUUUGCCGUUUUGAAGUUAAUACCACAUACGCUCUCGUGUCGUCUUCCAUCUCUUUCUGGGUGCCGUGCUCUGUGAUGCUGUACAUGUACUACCGCAUCUACCAGGAGGCGUCCAGACAGGAGAAGAUGUUACUCAGACGUGCGAGACCUUCGUGCGCUUCACAAAUACCAUUCGCAUCGAGCGACCCUCUCCCUACAGCCACAACUCCCCAAGGGCCCAAAUCCCGCCAGGGGUCAUCAGGAUCAAUGGCUGUCAGUAAGGUUCUGGCGGCGAAUGCCAAACUUCUGGAACCCCCUCCCCACAUGGAAGGUGGAGGCCGCCGCCUGCUUGUACAUCGAACCUCAACCGAUGCUCAAGACUGUUCACCAGCUCGAGAACGAAAUCUAAUAAAACUGAAACGUGAGCACAAAGCAGCACGAACCCUAGGCAUUAUUAUGGGGGCUUUCAUCACCUGCUGGAUGCCCUUCUUCUUGUGGUAUGUGAUCGCUACGCUGUGUGGCCAAGAGACAUGCCCUGUGCCUGGCAUUGUGGUUAGCAUCCUCUUCUGGAUCGGUUACUUUAACUCUAUGCUAAACCCUGCAAUUUACGCGUAUUUCAACAGGGAUUUCCGUGAGGCAUUCAAGCGCACCUUGACGUGCCUCUUCUGUUCGUGCUGUGAACGCGACAAGAGCGAACAAGCGUGGCUCAGCGGUUCGUGCGCCAAUACCAACACCGGACAAACCUACUACGACAGCGACGUCUACCUCCAGCACAACGGACACACUCAAACCAGAACCCGUGCACCCGGAAUCAGGAUUGAUAUAAAUUCAUCCAUUUAAAUCCUCACUACUUCAGCCCGAAUUCAAAUUAUAAUUGACCUCUGAUCUUCUUCUGGGUGAAUCCAAUACUAUUGCAUCUUUUUUUGGUGCGUCUAGUCAUACCCACAACAAUUGUGUCUAUUGUUGCACAACUACCAACUUAAUAUAAAAUCCUGAUAAUCUUUUGAACAUUGAAGAUAUCACACAAGUGAAGAUAACAACCAGAUUGCGUUUUGCUUUACAAUGUACAUCUAGUCUUUGUUUUGUUGCAAUUUCAUUGCUGACUGCUCCAUAUCCCAAUACUUCCCAUCGGCAACUUCAAGUUUUUUUAAGAUGGUGUCCACAAUAUUCAACUGGUCUCCUGGAACUUUUUUUUAUAUACUAGAUACAUGCAAUCUUUUCUGGAUACUUAACACUAUCCAAUGUAUGCGAAUAUUACUCAGAAUAUUUGACUGGGAUCUAGGAUAUUUAACAGUACUUUAUUGAUGAUCUAUAUGGAGCAGAAUGAGAUCAUAUAACAUAGAUGAUUUGAAGCCAUGCUUGGUGGAAAGAGCCCGUCUAAUCAUCUCCUUUAACUACAUGACAUAAGUGUACUAUAUACGUGUUUAGUCAGCAAGUAUAUUUAAGGAAUCUUAUGUGUCUUGUUAGAUAGUAAACAAGCUAUGCAUUCUAUAUGUAAGAUGCACUAGAUAAAUCUAUUAUACUCAAUAACUCGACUGUACACAGGUAAAAUAGGCUCGUGUAGUAAAUGCAAUGGAUGAGAUUAGGCCUCACCUUACGCAUGUAUGACGCAGCUCUUUUAAGGUUUAACAGUAACUAAUAAUUUUGCGUGCAAACGUUGUUUUUAAAUGGCAUUUAGGUUGAGUUUGUAUCUCAUGGAAAACUAGCAAUAAAAUGCGUUGUUAUAUUUUGCUUGCAUAUGAUUCUAUUGGACUUGCAGAAUAGGAUUCUAUUCCAGAAAAUCAGGGCGAUUUAUAUCAACUGUAUUCAUUAUUUACGGCCGAACUUCGCUCUAAUUUCCCAUAAAUUAAAAUCUGCUGGCAUGCGCAUUCGCAUUUUUGUUAUUUCCUGUCUCGCAUGGGUUGUUGUCAACAAUUACUUAAAAUAAAUAAUUAUGUGUGAAUUUAAGGGUCGGGAAUAACAUUAGUGCAUGUCUUCCAUCCUAGCAGAAGAAAACUAAACUGCAGCUAAAAAUAUCUGACCCGAGGGUAAUCAUUGCGUCACUAACACCAGCGUUACCCAAGGUAACAUUAAGGCUGCUCGAGGUAAUCCUUGAGUUAGCAUGCAGCACCAAAAUUUACCAGAAGUAACGCAUGCAUCAAUAACAAUAUUGUUACCCGAGGCAAUGUUUGUUUGAGUAACACUAGGGUUACCCAGGGUAACGUUUGGGUCAGUGACAUCUGGAUUACAUGAGGUAACGCUUGCGUCGGUAACACUUGGGUCACUUAAUGCAACGUUUGCGCCAGUAACAUCAAGGGUAUUCGAGGUAAUUCUUGAGUCGGAGUGACGCGCGUUACUCGGAGCACAUAGGUUUUACGGAGUAACGCGCGUUACCAGCAGAAUAUGGGUUCACGGAGUAACGAGCGUUUCUAGCAACAUAUGGGUUCACGGAGUAACGUCCGUUACUAGCAACAUAUGGGUUCACGGAGUAUUACGCGUUACCGGCCUCAUAUGGGUUCGCGGAGUAACACGCGUUUCUAGCAACAUAUGGGUUCACGAAGUAACACGCGUUACCAGUAAAAUAUGUUACCCUUGAAUAACUACUGGUACCGGUAGCACAAAGAUUACUCAGAGCAGCUGAAAGUACUAAAAAGUUUAGUACGUCUGGCACUCUGUUUCAGUACGCAUCAUCGAUGUGCUAUGGCUGGUAUCGCUGUAAAUGUCGUGCUGCAGCAACUGUACUUACAACCAAAGUAGAACUUGAACUUCGGAUCAUUCAUGUGUACACAUCCAGUCUCGCUGUAUUCUGUGUAAAACGUAUACAUGUUGUGUGUCGCUAGUCCUCGAGCUGUGUGAUCUGUGUUAGUUGAACGUCUGUCAUUCACCAUGGGAUUAUUUAAUUCUUAUUAACAUAUGGCAAAAGGGACCUCUUCUGAUUUAAAAUCUGACAAGCUUUUAAGUUCGAACAAACACAAAUUUUAAUUUUGAAAGAUACUUUUAACUUUACGU